ACGAAGAAAGGCGAAAAGAAAGAGACGAAGAAAGGCGAAAAGAAAGAGACGAAGAAAAGCGAUAAGGAAGAGACUAAGAAAAGCGAUAAGGAAGAGACAGAGAAGAAAGUAGAAAAGCUGAAGAAAGUUCGUAUUGCAAGGAAGAAAAUGACAGGCAAGUUGAAAGAUGUGAAAGCAGCGGCUGGUAACGUUGAUGGUGGAAAUAAAGUCGAAGAAGCGAUUGAAAAGAACACUUCGGUGGAAAGGAAUCACGGAAACGUUGAAAAAGCUUCGACCGAACCCGGUGUAUCUACCGGUGAAGGAUCACAUCAGAAAGGAUUAGAGGAAUUAUCGGUGGCUUGUCAAGAAGAUCGCUCGAAGAACGCAGAAUCGACCGGCGCUAAAAAGAAAAUUAUCAAGAAACUCGACAAGGAAGAUAUAAAGGCGAGUACGGAAAAAAUAAAUGAACGUGUGUCGAAAGAAAUGAAUUUUGCUAUUGAAGGUGCCUCCUCGAAGAACGAAGAAGAACGUGUCGAAACGAGGAACAACGAAGGGUCCAAGGAGUCAUUGCAAAAAUCUCGGUCAAACGAGAAUAUAAAUGUUUCCUCUUUAAUUAGGGAAAAGCAAGAAUUCAGCUGUAAUCAGAAGAGUCGUAACGUUCAAGAAUACGAUCUCAAUAUCCAGCUCGAUUCGAGCACUCCAAAGAAGUUGGAUAACGACGACGAUAAGAUUCAAAUAAAAAAAGAACCCAAGGAAGAGUCUCUUCUUCAUGUAAUUUAUUAUCCCAUUGAUGAAGAUAAAGAUAAGGAUGUAGAUCCAGAAAAGAAAUUGGAUAAACAGUUGCAAGUAAUAAAUGAUGAAGAAGUUUCAAAUUCGACAGAUUCAGUAAAAUCGGUAAUCGUAAAGCUGAAAAAAAUUACUAAAUUGACCGAGAUCGGUGAGCCCGGUCCUGCGACGGAACAAGCUAAAGAAAAAGCUAAAGAAAAAGCUAAAGAAACAGUUAAAAAAUCAAAAUGUAAAAAACAUGCCGACAAAUCGUUGGAGCAACAAAGAAAACGCAAAUGUAAGCAAAUGAAGAAGAAAGAGAUAAUGAAACGUGAAACAAAAAUUCGAAAUACCAUAGAACAAUUAAAAGGUCAAAUAAAUAGCCUGAUAAAAGAUAUAAAACAUUUCGAAGAAAAUGGAUCUUCGUCUUCUUCUAUCGAUGACAAUUCCGAAAAGGAUUCAUUGAGCUCUUCUUACGACUACAUUUCCGGAGGGGAGGCAUCCAGCAGCGAUUACGAUUACUCUUACGAAGAAUCAUUGUACAGUUUAUUCUCGAGUGAUAGUGAAAAAUCUCUCGAGAAUUCUUCCGAUAUAUCCUACAUGUCAUCACAAUCUGAAUCUUCAGAGAGCACCACAGACUCGGAGUACACGAUUUGCACCAGUUCGAAUCAAAACGAUUCUACGAGUAAUUAUACGAGCUUCGAUUUUUAAUCCUUUCGAAUACUCUUAUGAAAAUUAAUCUAAAAAUAUGCAAUCAUUUUUACUUGAAUUUUUAAUAACAGUGACUUACGAUAUAUUUAUGCUCGCGUUAAAUGUCUUAUCCUAUUGCUAUUAUAUAUAUAUAUAUGUACAAAUAAUGAAUUUUUAGCUUUGAAUGAUUAGACUAUUCUCAAAGUUACUGUAAGUUCCUGUUAGUAUAUAAUUUAUUUAUUCCGUAAUUUAUUUUAAUUUGUGAUAAUUAUCACGGUUUGUAAAUGAAUGAAUUUUAUAUCCUGUUAUUCUGCGAAACGUUCUUCAAACAUGUAACAUGAUCGUCUUAAAUUUCUAUGAAUGUAUCAUUGUAUUUAUAAUGAAAAGAAGAAAAAAAAAAUAUUAUUCCCAAUUCUUGCGUCAUAAUCAUCAGUUUUAUUUCCUUUUCCAAUAAUCGAUCAACUUACAUCGAAGUUCGUGACAGGUAUGAUCUGUCGAAACGAUGAGAAAGUUAAAUUUUUUUUUCUUUUUUCCUUUUUUUUUUUAUUUUUCUUUUUUUACGAAAGAACACGGUAUAUCUCGGUAUCUCGGAGAAAUUGCAUAUUCAGAUGAAGAAAGGAGAAGCGAGAUGAUCGUCAGGAGACGAUUUUGGGGCUCGACGUAAAUGCAGGUUGCAUCAGGCACGAGAUAGCGCUUCACGGAAUGCCCAGAGGCAAUAUUAUAAUUAUGUUUUCUACAAUUCGCAAAACUUCGUCACGGGUUACUCCUAUUAUUUUUCUUUCUCUUUCGACUUUUCUUUCUUUUCUUUUUUUUUUUCUACACUUCGCGCGACACUACAUUCAAUAUCAUUAUUCUGGCACCCAAUAGAUUCGUUCCUUCGAGGAAGAGAAUGCGUGGGCGCUCUGUCUAAAUGUUUCUGCGUCUCUCUUUUCGUAUAGGUAUAGUUUAUCCUAUCUCUUUUUAUCUACCUAUCUUUCUCUCUUUCUCUUUCUCUUUAGUUCCGUUUCGAAAGAAAAUGAGAGACAUCACGUGUGUGUAGUUUUGGAUUCAAAAACGAAGUAUUUAAACUGACAUCAUCGUCCAUCGCUCGGUAACGUACGACGAACCGUAAAGUUUUUCCAUUAUUUUCUAAUUCGACGAGGAUUUCGUUUGAAAAAAAAAAAAAGAAAAGAAAAAAAGAAAGAAAAAGAAAAGAAAGAAAAAUAUGUCUAUCAAGAACGAACUGUAUUUCCGUAAACCUUGCGAUGAGAUAAGUUUCUCUUACGCGGAAUAGACCAGAUUUAUCGAAAAUCUAUGACUAGAUUAUUUCCGAGAGAACAAAGUAGAACACUAGUUUCAAAAUUUCGUGAUAAUCUGGACACACACACAUAUAUAUAUAUUUAUAUAUAUAUAUAUAUAAAUGAAUUGAUGAUAAUAUAUUAGAAUUAGGCUGAAACUUAUUGAAAAUCGAAGACACGAAAGAAAGUGAUUUUUUUCGGAAAUAACGCUCGCUCCCGACAUUGUUUUUUCCCUGGUACGAAUAAACGUGCGGAAAGAUCCAGAAACAUGAAAGGAGAUUGAGAGAGAGAGAGAGAGAAAGAGAGAGAGAUGGAACGAGCCCUAGAAUCAGAAAUGUCAAAACGUUCUUCGAUCGUUCGGAGAGCUAUUGUCAUUAUAACGGAGUGAACGGUGAAAUGAGGGGACGAGGACGACGACAAGUACGACAGGAAAUGUUCGUCCCUAUAUCAAAGUUCCAACGACAUCAUCUUUAAAGCUUUGUAAAAUCAACGGAUUGUCGAGCUUACAGUUUCUAUUUGUAUCUCGUCUUAACGACGCGUUCUUUUCCAACCCCGGAAAUCGAGUCGACGUUGAAUACGAUUCGACACGUGAUAUACGUAGCUUGGCUAUACGUUUGGCUUAACGAACCGAAGAAACACAACCCGAGAUGAGGAAAAUGACGAUGACGACUACGACGUAUUACACAAUAGCCCUACUUGCAUUUAAAUUUGCAUCGCCACACCACCGGUUUCUUCUAUUUAUACUUUAAUACCACGAGCCGCUUUUACGGUCCAGCGAACUAUGGACAUAUACAUAUGUACUUACGUAUACUUGACAUAGAUUUUAUAAAUACUUGCAGGUGCAAAUUCAAUUACGAAUCGGUCACGCAUUUUGCGUCAAUUUUUUUCUCCUCCAUCUUUCGAUUGUUUGUCUUUCGAUUGUUUUCUUUUCUUCUUUAUUUAUUUAUUUAUUUUGUUUUGUCUUCAUUCAUCAUUAAAAAGAAAUGAAUGUACUCUCGAGAAACGCUGCAUAUUCUCUGAUUCUAUCGUUUCUGUUUUUAUUUAUUCACUGGGGUAAAUAAACUUUCGAUUAAGAAGAAGAAGAAGAAGAAGACGAAAGGAAGAAGAGGAAAUCUUCUGAUUAUUGUCAACAGCUGGACCGCAAAUGCAUCGCUAUCAUAUUCUAAAAUCAAAUUCCAAGAUAUUUUCUUUGGCUUGUUACCAGUUAAGUCGAAAAUUGUCGAUAUUGAAAUCCUCGCCUAGCGCCGCAAGUUCCUAUCGUACGGUUUACUUUGCACAACACGUUUGUGGAUUAUGAAAAUAUAAUCCUGGAUUUCGGACCGUGUCGAACGCCUUAAACCGACAUGAGUCUUUGAAUAUAAGUAAACUAAGCGAAUUUUCAUGGAAGGAUUUUAGAGAUCAGGAACAUAAGAUAAAUAGAAAGAGAUAGAGAGGGAGAGAGAGAGAGAAAGAUACGCGUUGUCAGCUAAUACUGAGAAUGUUUUCUUAACUUCCUGCAUAUAAAUUUGUUUACUUGUGUAUUUCUACAAGUGUAGAAAAUAAAAAAAGAAUAAACGAAACUCAAAUUAUA